AUCUAUAAAGAGACGAGUUUCUCUCCCUUGCCAAUUGUUGAGAAAUGGCUUUCCUACUGAGUCUUCUUCUUUGCGUUUAUUUAGCUCCAUUAGCUCUUUCAGAUCUUAUCAUUAAUGUCCAGCCAGAGGUCAUAUUGCCAGUGUUCACGUCACAACUUGUGAUCAACUGUUCUGUAACUAACAACCAAGUUCCAAACAUUGAUGUCAUCAAAUCUGUGUCACUGUCACGUUAUAACGAAACGAUCAAAGACUUUUAUGUUCUUCUGUCACUGGACACUCACACUUUCAAUCUCCAACAAUUUGUUCAGUUCAGACAUGCGCAAGUCAGUUUUGGAAAUCUGUUCCUGUCCUUGACUGUCUACAAUCCUAUUCAGUCGGACGCUCAAGCUUAUAGAUGUAAUGUUGAUGGAGAUAACUCUAUUCAGAAAAAUGUUUCCAUGAAAGACAAGAAAGAAGUGAGAUAUGAGCCAAAUGUCUCAGCAUUGAUUGAAAAAAUCACACGAUUAAUGAUUUCCAAAGAAAUAGAACAAUGUUCUUCGAUGAAUGUAGGGAUUUCUGGAUACAAUAAUAUAAGAUCAAAACUUCGUUUCGUUGCAAGUUCUGAAAUUGUAAAAGAACUCAUAGAACCUUUGACAGUCAAAUGUUCUUUUCCGGCUUCAAACGAUAGUUCUUAUCAAGAUUCAGUUCUUCAAUUCAUGUACAUACUUCACGAGACCACUGAAGUUAUUGCAACUAUAUCUAGAGAUCAACCUGUUACUAAAUCUGGACAAAACCUGAGCUCCAAUACAAUACAAGGCGAACUCUAUCACAACUUGUCUAAAGAUUCCUAUCUUCAAGUCACAUGGCAAAAUGUGAAAUUGUUUGACUCUGGAAAAUAUUUUUGCGGUGCCCAUGUCAACUAUGUACUCGGACAAAAAGACAGAUUUCAGGAGCAGUUAGUCAUUUCUGUACAAAGACCAACUUUUGAUGAUUUGGUCAAAGUUGUUCAUGAUUUGCAGAGAGACGUUGGUAAAGAAAAACAGAGGCGAGAGAUUAGCGAACGAAACAUAAUGAAUAUUCAUGAGCAAAACAUCGAAAUUGUUAAAGAAGAAAUGAAAAUUAAUCAACAAAACAUCAAAAAUGUUAAAGAAGAUGUGAAAAUCAAUCAACAAAACAUCAACAAUGUGAAAGAAGAUGUAAAAAUCAAUCAACAAAACAUCAAAAAUGUUAAAGAAGAUGUGAAAAUCAAUCAACAAAACAUCGAAAAAAAAAAAGAAGAUGUCAAAAUCAAUCAACAAAAGAUCGAAAAUAUUAAAGAAGACCUAAAAAUCAAUCAACCAAAAUUCGAAAAUGUUAGAAAAGAACUGAAAAUCAAUCAAGAUAACAUUGAAAAUAUUAGGGAAGAAGUAAAAAUCAAUCAACAAAACCUUACCCGCUUGAAAGAGACAAUAGAUUUAUUACAAUAUAAUCUUUCCAAUUAUGAAGGAAAAACAAAUUACACAUCUCUAUUACAAGAAAUCCAGAAUACUUUAAUACCGGAGUCAUGUCGUGGCAUCAUCCAUAAGAAAGAACGCGUGGAGGUGACAUUAGCUUCCGGGUUAAAGGUCAUGUGUGACACAAAGACAGACGGCGUUGGAUGGAUCAUCUUUCAGAGAAGAAUCAACGGAAAUGUAAAUUUCUAUAGAGGCUGGAAGGAGUAUCGUGACGGCUUUGGAGAUUACAACAUUGGUGAAUUUUAUUUGGGAAAUGAAAAUAUUUUUAGUUUAACUUCUACUGGACAAUAUGAUUUGAGAAUUGAUUUAGAAUUUAACAACAAAAAAUAUUUUGCGCAAUACGAAAACUUUAAAGUAUUGAGUGAGACUAAGAAAUAUAAACUGAAGAUAGGAGACUAUUCAGGAAAUGCUGGAGAUGAUUUAUCAGUUCAUAACGACAUGUUCUUUACGACUUUUGAUAGAGAUAACGAUGUAGAGAGUGACUUAAACUGUGCAGAAUAUUGUUCAGGUGCCUGGUGGUAUAUAAACUGUCAUUAUUCUAGUCUAAAUGGUCUAUGGGGACGUACAUCACUUAAGGGAAUGAACUGGCAUCAAUUAACUGGAUACACUAACAGUGUUUCUUUUAGCGAGAUGAAAAUAAGAGAAAGAAAAUAAAACGAACAUUUGGAACAACAGUCAUACCCCAGAGAAUAAAAGAGACGCCCCUCCCUUUCCAAUUAAAAAAAUACAUUAAGAGAUACUAAAAUGAAUUUUGUGAAAAAAAAAAGAAUUUAAAAUAAAGCAAUUCUUAGUUUUGAA